CACACGCCAGCGACAGUGCUGAGGCUGCUAGCAGACAGACAAACCAACAGACGGCUUCUCCGUUCUGUUGAGGCUAGCAAGCAAACCAGGCGGACUUGCGAGAAGCAGUAUCGAAGAUGCAGCAUGGUCGGCGCGACAAGAAUGAUGUAUUCGUUGGUAACAUUCCUUUCGGGACUACUGAAGAGCAACUACAUGAGAUAUUUUCGGAAGCUGGCGGCAUUGUGAGUAUCCGUCUGGUAUUGGACUUCGAGACGGGCAAGCCCAAAGGUUUUGCGUUCGUGGAGUACGAAGAUGCCGCUACGGCCCUCAGCGCCAUCAGGAACCUCAAUGGCUACGAUUGCAACGGCAGGCUGCUUCGCGUGAACUUCUCGAACAACAGCUCGUUGGGUGCUGAGCAACAACGCGGGGAGAAGGCGCCUCAGCAGGAGAGGACGGUGAAAGGAGUGGUGAUGCAAAUGGGGAUUUACGAGGUUUGGGACAUUGUGUCCAACAUGAAGCAACUUGUGGAGAAGGAGCCCGAUAAAGCGAAACAGAUGUUUGUCAGCCACCCUCAGGUCGCCGAAGCAUUACUCCACAUGCAAGUGCGAUUAGGAAUGUUCAAGGCCGAGGAUGUGCCGUCGUUGUUUAUUAAAGCCAAGGAGGAUGUCAGCAAGAAAAAGCCGGGGGCUAUCAUGCUUGGGACCGGUGCGAUCCUGCCUCAACUCGUUCCUGCUCCUGGGCAGUUUCAGCAGCCACCAACUAAUCCAACUUUGGGGUGGGGUCAGGCAGUACAACAGCCAAUCCAGACGCAGCAGCACAUGGCGCUUCACCGAAGCAAGCUUGGCCCUGUGGGCGGGGAUGGGAGUGGGGCAAAGAGCGAUGGGGGCGUGGCGGUAGAUUUGGACCCUCUGUCGGCGUUUGCGCUCAUGGGACCUGGCACCGAGGUCGCUAGUACAUCGGGAGGAACGGGGUCUGCCUCCAGCGUAAGGUCUGCUGGAAUCAGCAGCGGCGCAACACGAGGCUCCAGCAGGAGAGACAAGCAGCAGAGUACAUCGCCUCCUGCGUCGGUGCAACGGCCGAGGGAGAGCAGGGGCUGGCUUAACGCUGAGCCGAGCCUUCCAGGGCCACCGAGGGCGCUUGGUGGCGGCUCGCAGGGGAACCAUUUCAAGACAGAUGGGGUUCAGAAGAGGGGCACACCCGUUUACGAGGAUGUGGUAGCUCGUCCAGAAGCAGCGACGGAGAAGGUCACCCAGUUGGAGAUGAUGAGGAACGAAGGGAUCGAGUGCCUCGAGAACGAGUUGCUCGUCGUCAAGCUGCAGAACGCAAGCUGUGAGGCUCUUCACGGGAAGAUGGUGCCUGGGAUGCUCAUAAUGACCACGUACAAGCUCGUGAUCAUUCCCCAUAGCACGCAGAGGGGAGCGAACUCUACCAGCGUUAGCAAAGGGUCGAUGGCGAGUACUGGUACAGACGAGCGGUAUCUUCCGUUUGGACACCUGCCGAAGGAGUACGUCCAGGUCCCGAUGACGUACAUAGACAGGAUCGAGCGCGAUGCCGAUCGGAAGGGAGCUCCCAGGGCGGAUAGGUACUUCAGCACUGAUGUGGUUGCUACCAUACACUGCAAGGAUGCGAGAAGAAUACGCGUGUCCUUUGGAGGAAACGACGAGUCUGAACGAGCGAUGAAAAUGCUUCACAGCCUGGCCUUCCCAGGGCAAAAGAUGAAAGAUCUGUUUGCGUUCAGCCGCAACACUGUGAAGCCCAGGGCGCCGGACCCAGGGUGGCACAUCUAUGAUGCUGGCAAGGAGUUGGACAGGAUGGGUGUGUUGAAACCUCGGCGGAACAAGGGUGUUAGCCCUUGGAGGGAAACCCAGUUGAACGCCAACUACGAGUUGUGCGGAUCGUACCCAUCUGUCCUGGUCGUGCCGGCCUCCAUAACGGACGACGAAAUUAAGGCCGUGUCCUACUUCCGAUCAGAGCAGCGCGUGCCUGUCUUGUGCUGGGGGCGGCAAGCAGAUGCGGCUUCGAUAUGGAGGUCCAGCCAACCUAAGAUCGGAAUCUCGCGUGCGGCUUGUGCCGAGGACGAGCACAUGCUCGCAAGCGUGGCGGCUUGCUCGCCGGCUCGCAUGCUCCCGAUCGUAGACUGUCGGCCGCGCUCGACUGCCACCGCCAACUUCGCGGCAGGCUACGGCUACGAGAGCUACCCGGACUGCCCGCUAGAGUUCGCGGGUAUUGGCAACAUUCACGUGAUGCGAGAGAGCCUCGCAAAACUGGAGGGGCUUUGUCUAGGUGGCACGGCCAAGGACCAAGACUGGAUGGCGGUGGUUGAGGAUACAAGGUGGCUCUCUCACGUGCGCACCGUUCUGUCGUCGGCAUGGACCGUGGCGUCUAAGGCGCACACACAGAGGAGCCCCGUGUUGGUGCACUGCAGUCACGGCUGGGACCGGACUUCUCAGGUCUGCUCCUUGGCCCAGAUGCUCCUCGACCCGUACUACCGAACAAUCGACGGGUUUCAGGUUUGUCUCCUUGUACACAAGCACAAGUUGCUCGAGGUGCUGAUCGAGAAGGACUGGUUAGCGUUCGGACACCCUUUCCACCUCCGGCAUGCGUACGGGAUGCCAAGGGGAUUGACAUCGGGCAAGGAAGAUCAACGCAGCCCCAUCUUCCUGCAGUUCUUGGACUGCACGUGGCAACUUGUCAUGCAGCUGCCCUCGUACUUUGAGUUUAACCCAAGGUUUCUGCUGUGCAUCGCGGAUCAUAUCCAGAGCUGUCGCUUCGGCACAUUCUUGUGCAACACGAACAAGGCCAGGAAAGAGAACAUGCUAGAGGAGAGGAGCGACAGCCUGUGGACAUUCCUCGAGUUGCACCGGCCGGUCUUCCUCUCUCAGCUCUACACGGUGGAUACCCAGUACGAGCUUCUACCACCCCUCUCCAGUAUCCUGCGGCACGUGAGGCUCUGGAGUGAUUACUUCUUGCGAUGGAGCCCUGCACCGUCAUUUAUGCCCCUGCCACGGCUACUCCGAGAUAGCGACAGCAGCCUGGACACUAGCAACAGAAGUAGUGACGGAACCAAGUCUCCUGCGGGGAAGACUGCGGGCCAGCAAGCACGAAACGGUCUAGCCGAAGAGGGUCAGCAUCCUACUAUUCCGAUCUUCAGGUGUGAGUUCGAUGAGAUGGAGCGAUGGAUGGGCUUGUGCAGAUCUGGGGUGGGCAAUGCCAACGGCAACAGCAAGGCUGCCGCGGGGGGGGGUGUACCCUGUGGCAAUGACGAUAGCAGUAGUGCACAUGAGUGUGAAGGGGCGAAGUCGGAGGAUCUAGCGGCUGCUCGGAAGGAGAUCAUUCAGCUCAAGGUUGCCCUUGCGGAAAAGGAGCAACUGUUGAACUCACUCGCGCAAGCGAAUGCGAUGGACGCGAGCACUCCGCAGAGGGCAAAGGUGGGUAUGCGCAAAGCGUACACUGCGCCUUCUAGACCGUCGAGAGACAGGCGCGGCACCCCCCACGGUAGGACAGACCAAUCGAGCACCGCGACCUCUCGAACACAUGGCGAUAGCCCUCUUUCCGAGGCGGCCGCGGCCGCGGCUGUGGAGACAGCUGCAGCAGACGAUGAGAACGAAGAAUUGGCGGCAUCUCGGCCUCGGGGCCUUUCUUCCACAGCGGAAAGCAGGGAGGUGAGACGAUCUUCGGUGAACAGCGAGUUAAGCUACGAGGAUGACCGUGGGAGAUGUUUGACUGGAGCGACGCCCGACGUCUCGUACGAUGUACUGGGAGGGGGUGUGGACCGAGGCCGGGGCGGGAGUGUGGGUGAGGAUCACGUGAUGCGCGAUGAUGCCGGACAAGGAGCAAGGGGGUGGAAUUGGGACUUCAAGCCUUGGAACGGUCCUCCUUCGAAGGGCAGGGGCAGGAAUCGCUCUUCGAAAGCGCCCUCGAAGCCGAACUGAGUGGGUGCUUUCUGCACGCAAGAAUGCGGCGAGUCCCUCCCAUCCAUCCGGACCUUGAACCCAAGGACGUGAAGGCUCGGUGAAAGACGGUGUAACCUGAUCGGGGUUGGUUGCUCCAGAUCCUGAGCGAUGCAACGCAAAACUGCCCUCGGGUACACGUCAAGACGCUGUGUUCACGUUUCGCAUUGGGGUGUAUGCCGAUCGAGCGGGUACAACCUUCUGGUUGUAUUGAAGCGUAAGCGUCCGUCAUUCGUGAAGCGGGUUCGGAUGGUGCGGAGCAAAUUGAUGCAGCAGCUGGCCAAGUUGAGACGAAGCUUCCCCGUUGCCAACUUGCCAAUGAAGAAGUUCAACACAUG